AUGACAUUUUUGUCAAAGAAAAUUACAAUUUUAUAGUAUAAUUUUAUUAUUCAUUUUCUAAAUUUAUACACUUUGUUAAAAUGGUUCGCCACAGUAAUGAAAGCAUAUCGUCUUCUAAUGAUAACAAAGAAGAAAACCAAAAAGCACCAAAAAAUCCAGUUAGGUACAAAGCAGGAAGAGUAACUCGAAAUCCAUUUUUAAAUUUUCUAAGAAUCUUUAGAAAGAAUGCCGAAGGUAUGUCAGUCAAGGAUAUAGCAAUUGAAGGAGGAAAUAUAUGGAGAAAAAUGGACAAGCAAGAGAAGAAAUUAUAUCUAGACCAAGCCAAAUUAGCUCCUUAUAGACCACGAGUCAGACGACGUAAACGAAGUUUGUCACGAGGAAGAAGAAGAUCGAAGAGUAGAUCAAAGAGUAGAUCUGCAAGUCGCAGAAACAGAGGAAGAAGGAGAAGAAGAAGUUCAUCUAAGCAGUAAACAAAAAUGAUUGUUAUUGUUUUUAAAAGUAUUCUUGUAGAAAUUUUGUGGAAAAGUGUUACAAAUCUUUAGUUAUAUUCCUUUUUUAUUAAUUUUGUACACGGAUUUAAAAGCACGCGUCAUUUGUGAAAUUAUUAAUUUAUACAAUGAUUAACUAAAAGCUUCUUAUAAAUUUUUUACUACACAAUAUAUUUUUGUAAAUUUUUA